AUGGACGGAUACAAAUACUUGGUCCAUGGCGAGUCCAAGCAGAAGAUCAAAUUACUGAGGCCUCGAUAUGCUCUCUAUCUCAAUGUCACCGAUGAAAACUUGCUGGUCACACUGGACAAGAUUUGGCGAUCUGACGGGCCGGUGCUACAGUCCGCCAACAGCGUUCACGGAGACGACUGCAAGGAUCUGUGCCUGGCCUUUUCCAUGUCGAGGUUUCUCCGGUGCAGGCUCGAAGACGUGAGGCUGGACGCAGACAGCCUCUCCAUGUCGCGGAAUCUGAUAGUGACAAGAAUAUUGCAUGUCGACCAGAACCCUGCGAGGGUGUUCAGGAUAAUGGAGCUGGAGAUUUCGUUCCUCAAGGACUACUUCUACACCCUCUAUCCUAUCGUCUUCUGGCAAGGCCUUGCUUCUCUCUCCUUGAGUGUUCUUCAGUCUCUCGCGGCCUUGGGACUCGCCCUCUGGCUCGCCUCGGGCGUCAAUAGGGUCAAGAAAGAUCUUCCGGACCCCGUCAAUGUCGUGCACGGCCAUAAUGUGGAGGUGACAAUCACAUGGGUGUUCAUGUCCUUCAUGAUGUUCAAAGAGAUCUGGGAGAUGAUCACUUACUUGCUAUCAGACUGGACAAGGCUUCUCCUUGUGUGCGAGUAUACGCGGUCCAGAUGCAGGUGGAUAAGAAACGCCACGAUGGAGAAGCUGUUAAGUUCCUUUCUAACGUUAAGUUCCUUUUUAAGUCGUAAGAUCUUUUCUGACCCUUGGCAUGGAUACAUCGACCAGUACGACUUCUUGCAGUCAUUUGAUUACAGCCCGUCGCUCUGGAACCUGAUGUACCGUGCUACUCUAGGCGUCAUCAAAGAGAGGGUAAAAGGGCAAAAGCCUGGCACCGCCAUCAAGAUCCCAGAAUGUGUAAAACCUGCAAUUCUUCAGGCAUUGCGCUCAAUGGAUCUCGCUGGCUUGGGCGGCCGCGAGCUUCCCCGAGACGUCCCAUCGUUGAGCGCCGCGAGAUUGCUUGAGGAUUUCCGAUGGGCGUUGCUUGACCUGUACACGUGCUCCCAGGUCAUUCUGGUUUGGCACAUCGCGACCUCCAUGUGCGAGAUCAAGCUCGCCCGAGACAGGGGCAUUGACCUGAGCAAACCAGGGCUCCUGCGCUCCGCCUUCACGUACCUGAAAAUUUUUCUCUGCGGCUGCUGCUGCACUCCUCAGCCGUACCUCGUUGCUGAAAAUAUUCUCGGUGAUGAUCAACUCCGGACUAGCUACAUUGUUGCAAACAGCUUGUCACGAUACUGCGCGCACUUGGUGGUUUUUCAGCCUGACCUGUUGCCUGACAGCUUGGCGCUUCUGAUAUUAUGA